CCUACGUCUAUUUGCCAAAUUCCUCACUUGACCAAAAAAAACAAGCCCGUGCAUAGAUCUGAAGUUUUAGAUUCUAAGGAUGUGUAUUACUAUUUAAUAUCACUCUUGGUUUCUCACAAUAUGCUACAACACAAUCAAUAAAAAAGAACACUUGAUUCUCAAGGUAUGGCCUUUCAACUGUCACUCAUUUGUUUGAUCUCCACCAUCGUGAUUGCGUUCAUACUAUGGAGAAAACAAAAGAAGACCCUCCUUCCACCAAGUCCAAUGGCCCUCCCCAUCAUUGGUCACCUCCACCUUCUCUCCACAAUACCUCACCGAGAUUUUCACAAGCUCUCAAUCCGUUAUGGACCCAUCAUGCACCUUUUCCUCGGUUCAGUCCCUUGUGUGGUGGCUUCAACCGCAGAAGCCGCCAAAGACUUCCUCAAAACUCACGAAUCCUCCUUCUCCAACCGCUUUGCUCAAACCGUCGCCAUUGAGGCCUUAACCUACGGCUUCCAAGACUUUUUCUUCGCACCUGACGGACCCUAUUGGAGGUUCAUGAGGAAACUGUGCAUGUCUGAACUUCUCGGUGGCCAAAUGUUAGACCAGCUCCUUCCCGUGAGGCAGCAAGAGAGCAAGAGAUUCAUUCAACACCUGCACCGAAAAGGGGUGGCUGGUGAGGCCGUGGAUUUUGGAGGAGAGUUGAUGACACUCUCGAAUAACAUCGUGUCGAGAAUGACUGUGGGUCACACGAGUACUGAAAACCAGAAGGACGUUGAAGAGAUGAGAAAGCUGGUGGCGGAUGCCGCUGAGCUUGUGGGGAAGUUCAACAUAUCGGACUUCAUUUGGUUCUUCAAGCGUCUCGAUUUGCAGGGAUUCAACAUGAGGCUCAAGCAAACUCGGGACAGAUUUGAUGCUGUGUUAGACAGAAUCAUAAAGCAGCGUGAAGAGGAAAGAAGGAACAACAAACAAACCGGUGGAACACGACCGUUUAAGGAUAUGCUUGAUGUUUUGUUGGACAUCUUCGAAGAUGGGAGUUCUGAAAUAAAACUAAACAAAGAGAAUAUUAAGGCCUUCUUCCUGGACAUAUUUGUUGCUGGGACUGACACGACAUCAUUAACCAUUGAAUGGGCUCUGUCAGAGUUAAUAAACCAUCCACAUGUGUUGGAGAAGGCAAGGCUAGAAAUAGAUGCAGUUGUUGGAAAGAGUAGAAUCGUAGAAGAAGCAGACAUUAAGAACCUUCCUUACCUGCAAGCCAUUGUUAAGGAAACAUUCAGGCUUCACCCACCUGGUCCAUUACUUACUAGAGAGUCAUCAACAAGUGAAGUGGUAUGUGGAUAUAAUAUUCCAGCCAAAACUCGACUAUUUAUCAACAUUUGGGCUAUUGGCAGAGAUCCCGAUCAGUGGAAAAACCCUCUUGAGUUCAUGCCAGAGAGGUUUAUUGAUGAAGAGGGAAAUGGGCAUAGUGAAUUUGAUGUUAGGGGACAAAGUUAUCAUCUUCUUCCUUUUGGAACUGGAAGAAGAAGGUGCCCUGCUAUUUCUCUGGCAUUACAUGUUCUGCAUGUGAAUCUUGCUGCACUGAUUCAGUGUUUCCAAUUAAAGGUUAAUGGUGGAGAUGGCAAGGUGGACAUGGAAGAAAAGCCUGGCUUCACUCUUCCAAGGGCUCACCCCUUAAUCUGUGUCCCUGUUCCAAGGCUUAACCCAUUCCCUGCUAUAUGACUUUCGUAAAAGAAGCAUUAUUUUUCCUUUCAUGUCAUGCCAAAGAUGCAAGUUUAAAUAUUAUUUGUGAUAGGCAAAAAUUUGACAGUUUAAUAGAAAAUUUUACUAAAGGAAAUAAAGUGUAUGAAAUGUACAACACAAGGUGAUAUCAAUCGAAAUUUAAGAAAUAAGAUGCUCA